GCCCGCCUGGCCCGCGGCGCCGCUCGCUCCCCCGGCAGCUGGCCGGUGCACCCCUUCCCCAAGCCUCACCCCGCGCUCGGGUCGCCCAGCUUCCCCUUCUGCCUCCGGCGCCCCCUUCAUCUCUAGCCCCCUCCCCCCAACCAAAUCAGGCGAUCUCCGGAGAUGUGAAGAGGGGGGUGAGCGGACAGGAAGAUGAAGGGAGCGGAGCUGCCCGCCGCGGGACAGGCGUCUAGGUGAACAAGAAAAUGACCGAAGAAACACACCCGGACGAUGACAGCUAUAUUGUGCGUGUCAAGGCUGUGGUUAUGACCAGAGAUGACUCCAGCCGGGGAUGGUUCCCACAGGAAGGAGGCGGGAUCAGUCGCGUCGGGGUCUGUAAGGUCAUGCACCCCGAAGGCAAUGGACGAAGCGUCUUUCUCAUCCAUGGUGAACGACAGAAAGACAAACUGGUGGUGUUGGAGUGCUGUGUAAGGAAGGACUUGGUCUACACCAAAGCCAAUCCAACGUUUCAUCAUUGGAAGGUCGAUAACAGGAAGUUUGGACUUUCCUUCCAAAGCCCUGCUGAUGCGCGAGCCUUUGACAGGGGAGUGAGGAAAGCAAUCGAAGACCUCAUGGAAGGCUCUACAACAUCGUCUUCCACUAUCCAUAAUGAAGCCGAGCUUGGUGAUGAUGACGUUUUCACGAGUGACCAUCUGCUUUGGUGUGCCAGGACAGUCCUGGUCUUAGCACCCAAAGUCUCUAGUCCUGUGGAACACUCGGUCCAGGAAAACCAGGACAAUCGGUCCCCCUGCCUGGAAUCUUCUGUUAAUAUCCCCCUGGCUUGGAGAGGAAGAGCCUGA